AAAUGGAUUGAGAAAGCAAUAUUUUUAAAAUUUUGAAAACCGGUAAAGUGCGUAUAAUCGAUGGUUGCUACGGAGACAUUGUCUCUUGACACAUGAUACAAUUCGAUCUUUUCGAGAAAUUGUUCUCGAUUUGAUUUUUACUUUCGAUUAUUUGUCAGCCAAUCAGAUACGUUUUACCAUUGUAUCGAAAAUAGUCGAUUUUUAGUCGCGGGAUUGAUUCUCGAACGUAGUGACGCAUUAGAAUUUCGUUCGUUCGUUUCGAAUUUCGGAAAAGUGAAAAUUUUUCGUGAAAAGUGUUAUAUAGGAAAGAUCAACGAUUGAAUAUAAGUGAAAUAUUCGCAGAUAACGAUUCCUCGUAAUAAAAUACGUUUUAUAUUCGUGAUAUUACGUCGUUUAGUGGUAAACAGCUGCUCAAGUGAAAUCUCUGUGAGACAUUUCAAAAAAUUAUGUGCCCAAUGGAAGUAAGUACUUCGUAAAUAUAACGAGGAAUCGAGCAUACGAUAGAUUUUUCAUUUUCUAAUGUCGAUUUUACGACAAAUGACGAUAAAUUGUGAACGUGAACUGUGAAGUGACUUAUUUUGAGAACGAAAAAGUACGUUCGGUCAGAUGUGCGAGUGACCUUUCUGUGUUUACAUACGUUUUGUCGUGUCGGUGUGUUUAUCUAUGUUCCUGUAACGGAUCCAUUUUACCAUGGAGGAGUACGGAAUGAAAUUAUUAUCGAUGAAGCUGAUCCUAAUUUUCUUCCUCUUUUCUACUCCAGUCAUCGUAAAAGGCGAAGGGGGACAAUAUUUUCGCGUGAGGCCGAGAAACAGCUCUGUCCAGGAAGGCCGUGACGUAACAAUAUCUUGCGAAGUUGGAAACAGAGUUGGGAUCGUGCAGUGGGUGAAAGAUGGCUUCGCCUAUGUCAUACAAUCGAAUGGAGAAAUCGUGGGGCAUCCGCGAUUGAGAUUAAUAGGCGAUCAGAGCACAGGAGUUUACAAUCUUCAGAUCACGCAAGCUUCUUUGACCGACGAUGGGGAAUAUCAGUGCCAAGUUGGACCGUAUUUGCGCAUUAAAUCGAUCCGUGCCAACGCUCAUCUCACCGUCAUCUCGCCGCCGCAAAAAGUGGAGAUUAGCAAUCAUCCGAACAAGAAGAAGAUCGAGGUGAAGGUUGGGGAAUCUCGUCGUUUGGAAUGUGUGGUACGAUCAGCGAAACCUGCAGCCACGAUUACGUGGUAUCGUGGAAACAUUCAGAUCAAAGGGGGCGAAACGUCGAUUACACCCAUUUCCAUCGAGGGUGACAAAGAAGUACAAAAGCCAGGUGAGAACAAGAAGGAAUUGCUCAAGUACGACACCCACGGUUCCAUCGUCAUUGUUCCUACUGCUGAUGACAACGACAUGGAUUAUACUUGCGAAGCUAAUCACCCUGCAUUACCCUACAGUAUGCCUUUAAGAGCAACCAUCAAACUUUCUGUUUUCUAUCCACCCACCAUGCCGUAUAUCGAAGGUUACACCGAGGGUGAGACCGUGAAACGUGGACAACAAUUGGAUCUGACCUGCCGAUCUCGCGGAGGGAAUCCACCCCCCCAAAUAUUCUGGUACAAGAACAGCGAAAGGAUCUCAUCUCCCUACAGGAACGAGGGCCACUUCUCUGAGAACGUGUUGUCCAUUACUGCAAAAGCGCAGGACAAUAACGCGAGAUACAGAUGCGAGGUAUUCAAUAUCAUGAGCGUGGAACCUUUAAAAGUGCACGUGGAUCUGACUGUACUUUUCGCGCCAUCCGGAGUGACGAUCACCGGGCCAACAGAAGCGAAGGCCGACGAACAAGUGGUGAUCACCUGCACCACGGAGAACUCGAAUCCUCCCGCGGAUAUCAAGUGGACAGUGGACGGUCACAAUUUCGAGAGCAACGCCUCUAGAACCGAGCCAGCCCCCGAAGGGGGUUGGAUCACCACGUCCAACGUGACGUUCAACAUAAAUCGCACCAGCCGCAGUAUAGUCGUGAUAUGCGACGCGUCUAACGUGAAACUGACCGAGAACGUCGUCAGAACCCAUACCAUAACCGUGAUUUAUCCACCGUCGAAACUUAGUAUCACCGGUUACGAGGAAGGAACGACGAUUGAUGCAGGAACGGUGCUUAGAUUGUUGUGCACCGCAACUUCCGGAAAUCCACUCGCCACGUUGAGUUGGUACAAGAAUGAUAGAAAGGUACCAGGAACCACGAGAACGCGAGAUCAUGCGGUUUCAAGCGAGUUAACGAUACUCAUAAAUGCAUCUGACAAUAACGCGCGCAUACGAUGCGAGGCAGCGAAUUCCGCAACACAAAUUCCCCUGCUCAAAGUGCUCGUCUUGAAAGUUAACUUUCCGCCUGAUAAAGUCAAGAUCACCCGCGAGCCGCAGAAUCUGCACGCAGGCCAAGAGGGCCGUAUCAUUUGCGAAUCGAGCAGCAGUAAUCCGGCGGCGGAGAUGUCAUGGUGGAAGGGCGGCAUCCCGGUUCAAGGUACCAAAAAUGGCACUAAGCCCGGCUUACAUGGGGGAUUUCUAUCGUUCGUCGAGCUCUCGUUGGACGUAACGGAAGAAAUGAAUGGGGAAGUGUACACGUGUCAAGCGAGAAACAAUCAAAUGGACAGGUCCAUUCACGACGCCACUACGCUUGACGUAUUGUAUAAGCCGAUAUUCUCCUCAAUCGAGCCUUACGAGUUAAUUGGAAUGGAGAGCGAACCUUUCGUGAUUUCCGUUUCAGCUAUGGGAAAUCCUAACGAGAUAAGUUACACUUGGACUAGAGAUGGUUUACCUCUGGUCAGUAAUAACAGAAGAAUAUCUGUUCGUGCUUCUACGUUGAAUAUCACUAAACUGGAUCGUCACGAUGCUGGAACUUAUAUCUGUGAAGCCACUAACGAAGAAGGCACGACAUUUUAUCAAUUGAACUUAACUGUUCAAUAUUCAGCGAAGAUUAAACGCACCUCAACUUCGGGCAUAGUAUAUUCUCCCGGAAUCGAAGCGAAAUUGUUCUGCGAAGUGGACGGUAGUCCCAUAGGAGACGAAUACGUCACGUGGCAGAAAGUUGGCUCAAACUCGGAACUCUCCGGCCGAUAUUCCACCUCUUUCAUCAACAAAACUUCUUAUCUGCACAUCGAGAACCCUGAUCAAGAAGAUGUUGGAGAAUAUCAAUGCAAAGUUAACAAUGGAAUCGGCAACGUCACCUCUGAACCUAUUCUUUUCAUCACAAACUUCAAACCACAAAUGAUGAAUACACCAUUGACGAGAAGAGCAGCAGCAAACAAAGGAGCAAACGUUCAAUUGUUAUGCAAAGCAAGAGGCUCGCCUUUACCUCGAUUCUCUUGGACAUUUAAUGGAAAAACAUUGCUCCCUAAUGUCACAGAACAUAAAUACGGAAUUACGCACACUGAUUUAAGCGAAUUAAUUUCCAAUUCGACGUUGACCAUUUUCCGUGUGACAUCGCACGAUUACGGGAAAUACGAGUGUCGUGCAACGAACAAAAUGGGUCAGUCGACGGAUAUGAUACAUCUAGAUGUGACGUCGCCACCGGACAAACCUAGCGAUCUUGAGGUGUUCAACGUCACCCACGAUUCUGUCACACUAGUGUGGAAAAGAGGAUUCGAUGGUGGUUUGCCAACCUCGUAUCAGAUACGUUGGAGGCAGGCUCUCGAUUACGAGCAUCGAUACCACUAUCUGGAUGUAUCGGCAGGAGAAUAUAAAACCACGAUAACAGGAUUGUCCCUUGGGACAUACUAUGUGUUCAGCGUGAAAGCUAUCAAUGAGAAAGGGGACAGUGGCUUUCUACCUGACUUGGUUAAAGUUCAAACGCUCCGGCCGAAUAACGCUGAGAACCUGCCGGACGUUCUCUUGGAAAAGGGGGAUUUUACAAUGAAUUAUAUCUAUACGUUUGCAGCAACCUCCCUCAUCUUUUUUAUCAUUAAUAUCUUCAUCAUCGUAUUGUGGUACAUUAUGAGAAAGCGAAAUAAAUCUCGAAUAAACAAAUCACAAACAGCGGAUAUGUAUGCGCCAUCAACCGUGAAUGGAGACACCAUGACCGGCGAAUUAAGUUCGGUAUCGGAUGAGAAGAGCGACGUUAACUUCGACACUAAUGAUUACGUGGACGAGGGACGAAAGACCGCAGCUAGCACGUAUUUGAUAGAUCAAACAAUGCAAGAUUUUGGAAAAGGGAAUAUGGAAAUGCAGGUACAUCAUCAGGGAACACUUGGUCGCCGUGGCAACCACAUUCAACCACCUAUAAGCAUGGAUUCACCGCCACAGCGAACGACAGCCAGUGGAACACUUUCUGUUUCGAAGUCGAGUUACAUUGGAAAUCCUAGUCCGGCACCACCAAACGACGUAAACUUCUACAGUGUGGAAAUCGACAAUGGCCGUUACAUGGGAUAUGAAACGAAUCACAGUCCAGUGGUGGGUGAUCCAGGUUCAGGCAGUUAUUAUCCAUCCAUGAGUCCCACUGGACAUAUGCUUUCGAGUCAUGUGAGCAGCGGGACAGGCACGUUGACACGCAGCAGAACCUUACCACGUCCAGUCCCACCACCGGAUGUGACUGUGAUGACUGCUGGGUCGAAAUCGCCGAUACCACCGUCGGUACCUCCACCACCUACCACGUUUGCUCGGUCGGUAUCCAGCAAUGCGCACACUCAUGGUCACCCAUUGUCGACUUUCACUCCCACGCCAGCCUAUUCCGAUAUUGAUGGUCAUCUUGUCUGAGGAUCGCCAAUAUUCGGCCCUAGUUCGGUGCGUGGAAAGUAUCGUGCCGUACCGAGGGACGAGACUAUCAUCGUGACAGAAAGAACCACCCGGCUCUAAUAUACAUCUUGAUCUGUGGCUGUCGAAUCAUGGAAUUCUUUUACGAAUCUUCGGCCUUCAUUCAUCGUUUUCGACAUUUCACUGAACUAUAUGUAUGGUUAUGUCAGUUUGAUAUCGUUCGAGGACGUGAAACAGAAUUUUUUGAUGAAAUUGUGCGAUCAUAAAGAGUUUUGUGUGGGUGCUUCGACGACUUUCUCAUACACAUUAUCCUCCUUGAACAUAAAAGAAAGUAACGGAAGUAUGUAAAUAGAAACAAAGGAAAAGAGGAACCGAUGUUGCGGUUUCUAUACGUAAUUUUUAAGUAAGCAUGCGGUAACACCGUUUGCAAUAUGCAAUAUGCAUUCCUUAUAUGCUGGUUUCAUUGGUUUUUCCGCGGACAUAAUUAAUACGUACCUCGACUUGGAUCUUAUGAUAGAUCGUAUAAUUACGUUUUUCGCAUAUCACAUUUUAAGAAAAACGAUUGAUACUUGUGAACAACCCAUUGGAAUCAACUCUGAAGAUAUUUUCGUGAUACCACAGUUAGCAUGCUGUCAGUGAUUUAUUCAAUUUGUUUUUACCAUUUCUUUCUGUGGUUUUUGAUUGCGCUUAUUUACGCACUUUUACUUAAUUGUGACGACUUCAUAGUGAUGUAAAGACUUACAUGAUCCAUCGUGUGAAUUAAAUGGAAAUCGACGAAUUUGUGGAUAGAAGAAACUCGUCUGAGAAUGUUCAUCCUAGUGAGCACAAAGGUAUGAUCAGGUUAAGUUGCAUUUUGCUGAGUUAAUAUCAUUAAAUGAUAAACUCAUGCGAUCCAACUGAUAAAUUAGAUUGUAAAUUAGAAAAAAAGAUAUAAUAAUGAAACGAAAUAUCAGGGAAAUUCGCGAGCCGUAACAAUAUAUAACACUUUAAAAAUUUUUUUUAAAAAUACGUUGAACUAUAUUUAUAAUAUCUCCGAUCGAUGGCGCUUUUGAAAGUCGAAUUUUAAAUCUCGAUUUAAGUCGAUAAUAUUAUCGAAACUCUAUCGAUAAUGCUACUCUCGAUAUCAUUAUAUAAUAAUAUGUAAAAUGAUUUUUUUACUUUUUUUUUUCUUUUUUUUUUUUCCUUUUUUUUAUGAAUGACCGUCCGUUUUGAAGUUAGCUAAUAAAAUAUUAAUGCAUUGGCGAACAUAUUCAUGUUUAAAAUUUUAAAGAGGAAACGAGACAAUCGUUUUACAUAGGGAAAGAAUUGACAACGUUUGUAAUCAGUAUAAAUUACUGAUUUUCUUCUUUUCUUUCCCUUUUGCUCAUUACAAAACGCGUUCUCUGUGUUAGAUUGAACAAUUUUUUUAAGGAAAAAAGUGAUAUGUGAGGUAAACAAAAGCUAUUUGUGAAAAAUGAUCUAUCAGUGACAGUCAAUGUGAUCAAAACGUUUAUGAAAAAUGUUUGAUAGGUAUUAAAAUAGUAGAAGAUAUUUAGAUAAGAAAAUUCUAAAACAAUGGACGCGAUAUAGAAGUGAUUUUACUUUCUUACUAUACUUUGAUAGAUCAAUAUUUUGUUCCAUAUAUUAGAGACAUGAUUCCCGCGCUUUUUGAGGUUAAGAAGAUAAUCAAGCAAAUUUUCUAUAAAAUUCAAUUUUACAAAAGCAGAUUCGAUUCAAAAUUUAUAAAAAAACAUUUUUUUCUUCGUAUACUAUUAAAAAAUUAUACGUAUAUAGAUAUGAACGUGUUUGCAUAUCAUAAGUUUUUUAAUUGUUUAUUUUUUCUGUUUGUUUUAUGACUCGUAAUUUCGUAAUUUUCUAUGAAUAUUAUUAAAUGAUUGUUUUAUUUUUUAAAACGUUGAAUUUUAGUAUAUACGUAUAAAAUAUUACGUAUAAAAUACGGAAUUUCCACUGCCGAAUCCUAAAGUCAAUACUAAUACGAAUAGUUUAAUUAAUUAAUUGUCGUGAAACGCAUUUGUAUGAACGCUUUGUUCAUGUCAUUAUUGUUACGGGAAUUGGCGCGAAAUAAAAUAGCAAAUAUAAAGCGUUAAUUCUAUUUUAUGCGUUCGAUAAAAAAUGUUUUUGCUAUUAAAAUGAUUGAUAUUUCGUUAAAUAAGAUUUAGUUAUCAAACUCAAUAUAUUACAAUUAUGCACGAUAAAUAUGAAUGAAUAAUAAGAAUAUUUAUAAGGUAAACAGUUUUCACGUGAUAUCCAAUGAGUGCUGAUUUUGUUUUCUAUCUUUUAUGUAUAGUUUUAUUACUUCGAUUAACAAAAUCGGCACGAUCAGGGGAUAGAAAAUAAAUGAUUGUUAACAAUUUAUUAUUACGCGGUACAAUACAUAUGGCGUUUAUAAUUAAAUUACAAGAAAUAUGCCAAAUAUUUACAAAU